AUGGACCGACUAGAAGCGCUCGGAAGUACCCUCUCUCAAAUCACAUUGUACGACAUCAAGUCGUACUAUGAACAGGCUAAAAAUGUGGUGCUCAAUGUCAGCGAGAUAGAGGCCAAGGUCAGAGAGGCAACAAACGAUGACCCAUGGGGCGCAAGCUCGACUCUCAUGCAGGAUAUAGCAAGUCGUACAUUCAACUAUCCAGAAUUCAACGAGAUCAUGCCCAGCAUAUAUUCUCGCUUUAUGGAAAAGGAAGCUAAACAAUGGCGCCAGAUUUACAAGUCCCUUCAACUUCUAGAGUAUCUCAUUAAAAAUGGCUCUGAACGCGUUGUAGACGACGCAAGAGCACAUAUAUCAACCAUCAAAAUGCUACGCAACUUCCAUUAUAUAGACGACAAAGGGAAAGACCAAGGAAUCAAUGUCCGAAAUCGCUCAAAAGAGAUUGUCGAGCUUUUAUCCGACGUCGAAAACAUCCGUACCGAGCGUCGUAAAGCUAAGGCCAACAGGAGCAAAUAUAUCGGUACCGGGAGUGAUGGAUUAAGUUCCUCUAGUGGAGGAAGUCGGUAUGGUGGAUUUGGGAGCGAUAGCCUUGGGUACAAUGGGGGAGGAAGCUCUAGUUAUAACAGCGGUGACAGAUAUGGUUCUGGAGAACGGAGCUCUGGAUCUUACGGUGGCGGAAGCAGCUCUUUCAGGGAUUCUGGCUCCCGUGGGUUCGAAGAAUACAACGCUGGCGAUGAUGAAGUUGUGGCCACGUCUCCUACAAGGAAUAAUAGCUUGACUGUAUCUUCUCCCUCUUCUGCUCGUUUUGCUCCAGCUCGGAAGUCUGCCGCGCCAGAGCCUGCACCAGCACCAGAAGUCGACCUUCUUGGCGGACUUGACGAUGACACUUUCUCUUCUGGUACUACAUCCAACCCUCCUUUCGGCAUUACCGAAAAGGCUCUACCCGCAGUGGGGGCUGUUCCUGCACAAACUAGUAUUGGUAUCGAUGACGAUGAUUUUGCUGAUUUCCAAGCUGCACCAGUCACUCCUCAUACUACUGUUGCACCGUUUCAAGCCGCGCCUGCCGCUGCACACAAGAUGAAUUUGAUGGAAAUGCUCAACUCAACAUCGGCUACGCCGGCGAGACCCCAAUCGAUGAGCUACGCCCAACCUCAGGCACCACCAAUGCAGACUCAAGGCCUGGUAUAUGGCUCGGGAAUGGGUAUGGGCUCUUCGGGAAUGGGUAUGGCUGGAAUGGCUACAGGAGGAAUGCACCGACCUUCGCCGUCAUUGUCGAACCAAAGCUCCUUUGGUGGUGUACCUACUAUGCGGCCAAUGUCUACUACGUCAGUCUCCAGCUCCGGCUCUACCAUGAAUCGCGCAGCCUCCGUUGCCUCAUCUAAACCUGCAUCGAGCGCCAAUUUUGAUGACCUGUGGUCCAUGUCACUGGGUUCAAAGCCUUCGACGCCAGCGGCAGGUGCCGCAGUUGUAAGCAAGUCGAUUAAGGACAUACAGAAUGAAAAGGCAUCAGCCGGAUUGUGGGGCUCUGGGCCUGCAAAACCUCAACAACCUACCAUGGGGAAUGCCUUUGGAUCUUUCGGCUCUUCCGGAGGAGCUACUAGUUCCAGUGGUGGUGAUGACCUUCUUUUGUAG